AUGGCGACCCAGCCGAAUUCCUCCACGAAGAAGAAAGAGGAGAAGGGGAAGAACAUCCAGGUGGCGGUGAGAUGCAGACCAUUUAAUUUGGCAGAGCGGAAAGCUAGCGCCCAUUCUGUAGUAGAAUGUGAUCACGUACGAAAAGAAGUCAGUGUCCGAACUGGAGGAUUGGCUGACAAGAGCUCAAGGAAAACAUACACUUUUGAUAUGGUUUUUGGUGCAUCUACUAAACAAAUAGAUGUUUAUCGAAGUAUUGUUUGUCCAAUUCUGGAUGAAGUUAUUAUGGGAUAUAAUUGCACUAUUUUUGCAUAUGGCCAAACUGGCACUGGAAAAACCUUCACAAUGGAAGGGGAAAGAUCACCUAAUGAAGAGUAUACUUGGGAGGAGGAUCCUUUGGCUGGUAUAAUUCCACGUACUCUUCAUCAGAUUUUUGAGAAACUUACUGCUAAUGGUACUGAAUUUUCAGUCAAAGUAUCUCUGUUGGAAAUCUAUAAUGAAGAACUUUUUGAUCUCCUUAAUCCAUCUUCUGAUGUUUCUGAGAGACUACAGAUGUUUGAUGAUCCACGUAACAAGAGAGGGGUGAUAAUCAAAGGUUUAGAAGAAAUUACAGUUCACAACAAGGAUGAAGUUUAUCAAAUUUUGGAGAAGGGAGCAGCAAAGAGGACAACUGCAGCAACGUUAAUGAAUGCAUACUCCAGUCGUUCCCACUCCGUUUUCUCUGUUACAAUACAUAUGAAAGAAACUACAAUUGAUGGAGAGGAGCUUGUUAAAAUUGGGAAGUUGAACUUGGUUGAUCUUGCAGGAAGUGAAAACAUUGGCCGUUCUGGAGCAGUGGAUAAGAGAGCUCGGGAAGCUGGAAAUAUCAACCAAUCCCUGUUGACUUUGGGAAGAGUUAUUACUGCUCUUGUAGAAAGAACACCGCAUGUUCCUUACCGAGAAUCUAAACUAACCAGAAUCCUCCAGGAUUCUCUUGGGGGACGUACAAGAACAUCUAUAAUUGCUACAAUUUCUCCUGCAUCUCUUAAUAUUGAGGAAACGCUGAGUACAUUGGAAUAUGCUCAUAGAGCAAAGAACAUACUGAAUAAGCCUGAAGUUAACCAGAAACUAACCAAAAAAGCCCUUAUUAAGGAAUAUACAGAAGAGAUAGAGCGUCUGAAACGAGAUCUUACUGCAGCCCGGGAAAAGAAUGGGGUGUACAUUUCUGAGGAGAAUUUUAGAGCCAUGAAUGGAAAACUAACUGUUCAAGAAGACCAGAUUGUAGAAUUGAUUGAAAAAAUUGGUGCCCUUGAGGAGGAGCUAAGUAGGGUUACAGAAUUAUUUGUGGAUAAUAAAAAUGAACUUGAUCAGUGUAAAUCUGACCUGCAAAGUAAGACACAGGAACUUAAAACCACUCAAAAACAUUUACAAGAAACUAAAUUACAGCUUGUGAAAGAGGAGUAUGUGUCGUCAGUUUUGGAAAGCACUGAGAAGAAGCUUCAUGACACUGCCAGCAAGUUGCUUGACACAGUUGAAGAAACUACAAAAGAUGUAUCUGGUCUCCAUUCCAAACUGGAUCGUAAGAAGGCAGUUGAUGAGCAUAAUGCAGAAGCUCAGGAUAUUUUUGGCAAAAAUCUGAAUAGCCUGUUUAAUAAUAUGAAAGAAUUAAUAAGGGAUGGCAGCUCAAAACAAAAGACCAUGCUGGAAGUUCACAAGACCUUGUUUGGUAACCUGCUGUCUUCCAGUGUUUUUGCAUUAGACACCAUUACUACAACAGCACUUGGAUCUCUCUCAUCUGUUCCAGAAAAUGUGUCUAAACAUGUUUCUCAGAUUUCUAAUAUGAUAUUAGAAGAACAGUCAUUAGCAGAAGAAAGUAAAACUGUACUUCAGACAUUGCUUAAUGUACUUAAGACUGACCUUCUAAGUUCACUGGAAACAAUUUUAUCCCCCACUGUGUUGGCUGUACUGAAAAUCAAUAGUCAACUAAAGCAUAUUUUCAAAACUUCACUGACAGUGGCUAAUAAGAUAGAAGAUCAGAAAAAGGAAAUGGAUGGCUUUCUCAGUACACUAUGUGACAAUCUACAUGAACUACAAGAAAAUACAAUUUCUUCCUUGGCUGAAUCACAGAAGCAGUGUGAAAAUUUAACGAAAGAACUUAAGACAAUAAAGAAAACCCAUUCACAGGAACUUUGCCAGUUAAUCAAUCUUUGGGGAGAGAGAUUCUGUGCUUUGGAGGAAAAGUGUGAAAACAUCCAGAAACCACUUCACAAUGUCCAAAAAAAUACUGAGCAGAAAUCUAAGGAUAUAAUCAGCAAAACAACUUCUCACAGUACAAAGUUUUGUGCUGAUUUUGAUGGCUUAUCACAGGAACUCAGACAUUUUAACCAAGAAGGUACAAAAUUGGUUGAAGAGUGUGCAAAACACUGUGAUAAACUCAAUAGCAACCUUGAAAUAACAUCUCAAGACAUUGAACAGAGAUGUGAGGCUCUGAACACAAGCGCGCUUGGUUUUUCUGAACAGUGGCUAUCUGGUUUACAUAAAAGGGAAGAGGAAAUUCAGAACUUAUUGCAGGUUGUAAACAAAAAUUGUGAGGUUUCAAGUUCAGAGAUUACUGAAAAAUUAAGUGGACAUAAAGAAGCUAAUGAGAACCAUCGUAACAGUUUUCUUGGUCAGAUAAAUAUUGAUGAAGAAAAAUUAAUGGCACAAAGUCUAGAACUUAAUGAAACCAUAAAAAUUGGUUUGACUAAGCUCAACUGCUUUCUACAACAGGAUCUGAAGCUGGAUAUCCCAACAGGUACAACACCACAGAGGAAAAAUUACUUAUAUCCAUCAACACUGGUGAGAACUGAACCACGUGAACUGCUCCUUGAUCAGUUGGAAAGGAAACAGCCUGAGCUGUUAACGAUGCUAAACUGUUCAGAAAACAAUCCAGAAGACACCAGUCAGGACUCAGAAGAAGAAAAAGCAGUUCUGGAGCACACUAUUGAAGAACCUGUAAAUCAAGAGCCACCUGUGGAUGCCAGUGUGGAUUGUUCCUCAAGUACUGGGGUCCCGUUUUUCCAGCAUAAAAAAUCGUAUGGAAAAGACAAAGAAAACAGAGGCAUUAAUCCAGUGGAGAGGUCUAAAGUAGAAGAAACUACUGAACAAUCUGUUACAAGAAGCAGAUUACCUCUACGAGCCCAGAUAAAUCUUUAG